AUGUUCCCUCCACUAAUGCCAGUCAACAUUCGUAAUCAGCGGAAGGUCAGCGUCGUACCUUGUUCAAGGAUAUCCAUGGAACUCAUUGGGAAUAUGGUGGUGCUCAAGUCCUGCAUUGAUACAAUCUGUAUUGACGAGAUUACGAAAGCGUUCACCAGCGACAAAAUCGGUCAGCAGCCUGUCAGUGUCAGGCUGAGGGGACCGAACAAAUUCCAUGGCUUUGUGGAUCUAUGCUCUCUUAAGAACAUGGUCCAAUGCAUCCUGCGCCUCUAUACCGUGGGAUGGAUCUGUGCAUUGCAGACGGAGUAUGUGGCAGCCUGCGAGCUCUUGGACGAGGAACUCCCCCCUCUACAGACAGCACUACCCCACGACAACAACGCAUACACCUUUGGUCGCAUCAACGACCACUACAUCGUCAUCGCAUGCCUUCCGAAAGGAAGGUACGGUCUUGCUUCCGCCGCUAGCGUGGCCAAAGACAUGCUGCGCAGCUUCGAUUCCAUCCGCGUUGGAUUAAUGGUCGGCAUCGGAGGGGCUGCGCCAAGCGAUAAGCACGAUAUUAGACUUGGUGAUGUUGUGGUCGGCUGUCCAGUGAAGAAGGAGGGUGGUGUGAUUCCCUACAACUUCGGCAAGGCGGUUCAAGAAAUGGAGUUUGUGUCAACUGGGUCUUUGAACUCGCCGCCGACGGUUCUGUUGACGAAUCUGACCAAGCUGAGCGCAUACCACGAGAGAAAGGGCAAUCACAUUGCUGAGUCGGUUCGAAAGAUGGUUGCCAAAAACCAAAGAUUGGGAGAGAAAUACCAACAUCCGGGGGUAGAGAACGAUCGGUUAUAUGAGUCAAGCUAUACUCAUCAAGGCGGUGAUGAUAGGUGUGAGAUCUGUUGUGACCAAGCAUCUCCUCCGGUGCUCCACCGAUCGCAGCGGCUCCAUGACUUGAAUAAGCCGGUGGUGCACUACGGCCUUAUCGCAUCAGCAGACACACUGAUGAAAGAUGCGAUUGCUCGCGAUCGGUUAAUCAAAAAGCACGAUAUCUUAUGUUUUGAGAUGGAGGCGGCAGGGCUCAUGAACGACUUCCCGUGCGUGGUUAUUCGAGGUAUCUGCGAUUACUCGGAUUCACACAAAAACGAUAUGUGGCAAGGUUACGCGGCGGUCGCGGCGGCGUCGUACGCCAAGGAACUUCUGGGAAUUAUCCCAGCACAUCAGAUUGCCAGCACGCAGACGGCGACUGCGGAGAUGGGUGAGUAG